AUGGCGGACGAAACCGAUUAUGAACAUGAGAGCGCACCCAGCACGGAUGGAACAUAUACAGAGCAUACGCAGAACAUCGGCGACAACGAGAAGUUAAUUCUCUGGCUUAAUGGCGUUACACAGGAUGAAGAUACACAGCAAGGCCCAUAUAGCUCUCAAUGGGAUAUUCCAUCGGAAGCUAUCCCAUAUAUGGGGUUUUCUCCAAUGCUUAAAGAGGCUACUGAAAAAGCCUUGUGCGAGAGUGGUAUUACCGGUGAAAAAGAUCAGUGUGUAUGGAUUGGGAGACCAGAGCAGAAGCGGAAAUACUGUGGAUUUGAUCACCACCGGGGACCUAAAAAGACAUGGGUUACGUCGUGCACAUGCCGAAUUGAUAUAUAUAUUCCCCAGAAUAUGUAUCGACUCCCUUACUAUAUUGUUAUUUGUCGUGGGAACCACUCUCACUACCCUCCAUUACCGAAUCGAGUACCUGCUGAGCUUGCACAAGACGUAGGCCAAGUAAUUCAAGAUUAUGGUGAAUAG